CAUCGGAAGGCCGUGCUGAUGUCACUGCCGGGCCUGUCAUGUGACGAUCCCCUCGCCCACCCACAACAAUGUCGUCAUCCGGUCCCAACAGCCACCGCAGCUGCUGAGCAAGGCGCUUGAAAACGCCCGCGGGACGAUUGGAACCGCAGAACGAAACGCGAGGCCGCCAGCGAUCGCAAGGCAAAAUUGCCAAGGUGAACAGCGCCCGAGUAGAGCGCCGAGCCGCCAUCAAAUUCUAGGUUUAGGAACAGAUAUUCAAGUGGACCGAAAAUGCUCAUCCCCAUUCUGGACCCAUCCGAGCUCUACCGACCAGAGCACAAGAAAAUUGAAGAUUUUAGGUCCUACACAACCAACAAGGAUGACCCACUGCAAGCCAGGGUGGCCAAAACCUACAAAGACAUGCACACUUUCCAGACAGUGGAGUUUGUCCAAAACCGGAUGGCUGAGUGGGGCAAGUUCAACAAGGCGCGCAUGCCCAUCAUGGAGGCUUUGGAGAAGCUCAAUGACCUGGUGGAUGAGAGCGACCCCGACGUGAACAUUCCCAACAUUGUGCACGCCUUCCAGACUGCCGAGAAGAUUCGUGCUGCGCACCCACACCAGGAUUGGUUCCACCUGACAGGCCUCAUACACGACUUAGGAAAGGUGAUGGCCUUCUAUGGCGAACCCCAGUGGGCCGUGGUGGGUGACACAUUCCCGGUUGGCUGCGCCUACCAGGACUCCAUCGUGUACCGAGACACGAGCUUUGUUGAUAACCCGGACCUUAACGACAACCGCUACAACAGCCGCCUCGGCAUCUACACUCGAAACUGCGGACUCGAACAGGUUCUCAUGUCCUGGGGCCACGACGAGUAUAUGUAUCGGGUCCUCAAGAAUCACGGGGCGACACUUCCUGAUGAAGCCUUGUACAUGAUACGGUUUCACUCCUUCUACCCUUGGCAUUCGGGAGGUGAUUACUUGGAACUUUGCAACGACAAGGACCUCCGCAUGUUGCCCUGGGUCAAGGAGUUCAAUAAAUUUGACCUCUACUCAAAAUGCGAGGAUGUUCCUGACCUUGAGGCGCUGACGCCUUACUACCAGUCUCUGAUUGACAAGUACGUUCCGGGCGUUGUCUGCUGGUGAUGCCCGGAAUUACGGGAGGCACCUCCGUGGCUGUGGGUGCUUUAAAAGCUCGACCUAUUUGCCGUUGUCUUAGCAAUGGGCUCGUGCUAAGACAGAAAGUACACUUCGAGCAUUCAUCUGCGUGGUGGCGGUCGCCAUAAGCUUUACUGUCACGGCUGUUACUACUGCGAGCACUAUAGCAGUCGACACUAACUGCUGCGACAGAUUUUAGCUUUGCUUUUACCCUUCGUGAGUUGUAUAUUGAUCUCAGGUCCGCGACAUCGCUGUAACUAUGUUAUUUUACACUUGCCCUUUGCACAGCUCAGGGUAGGCGCACAAGUGUUCGGAGACGGCGAUCUGUUUUCAGAGUCGCCAGUGAAUAUGCCAGGGAAUACAUGAUAUAUUGACGCUUGUUUCACCUUGUGCGUGAAACUUAAGAGUGAAAUGGAGGCGCUGUGCAGUUUUCGUUGUAGAAAGCCAUGCGUAGCGCUGCGUAAUUGAAGAAAAAAAGUGGCUGCUUUGAGGGGCAGAAGUGCUUUUCAGCACGAUGGAGUGUGCGGGAAGUGUAAAACGAAUGAUUUGUGUAAAGCAGUGACGCUUGGGUUUGUACAGACGGAAGAUUACAUUUCAUUUUUAUACCCAUCAUCUGUUGCCGGAGAAGGUUUUGUUGGCCAGCUGUCGCUGGCACCAGACACCUGGAAACGUUUAUCAGUGUAUGACAUAAAAAAGUAUUUCAAACC